GCCCACUUCUGUGCCAUAGUACUAGUAGAACUGGAACUCUAGUACUUGAAUUCACAGGCCUGACCCGACCUUCUUGUCCGUAUAGGAUAACAAAGCUCAGCAGGUCCUGACGCCGCAUCCUAUAGUAAUCCAUUUCGUUGCGCGUCGCCGCCGCCGCCUCUCGCCUGCCAUCAUGCCACAGCCGCCGCCGCGUCGUUCUCGCCGUCCGUCGUCGCUUGCGCUCGCCCUCCUCGCAGUACUAGCGGUCGCAUUGCUUCCCGCCGGACGAGCGAUGGAUUGGACGCCACCAUAUGGCGACUCUCACGAGCCAUCGCGCAUCUCGCAUCAUUCGCACGGGUCGCAGGCGUCGCACGACAUCCCGACUCAGCAUCAUCGCAUGAGCCUUCUCGAGGCCGCUCCUUCGCGCCCACCCGCCGGGCCCAUCCUCCAUGGCUCGCAGCUACGUGCGCUGCUGGACCUCAACGCCGCCUGGCACCUCUGGCCCACCAACUCCAACCGCUCACGCCGCUGCGAUCAGUGGGACUACGUACAGUGCACCCAGCAGGGCUUCAUCGUAGCCAUUGACCUGUCGUUAUAUGGCGCUGUCAAUGCAACCAUGCCGCUCACUAUCUUUUCUCGCAUGCCACAACUCAGGCGCCUUGUCCUGGCAGACAACUAUCUGCUUUCCGGCUCCAUCACUCAUCUCUCUCUGCCGUCCUCCCUGCGGGUGCUGGACCUCUCCCAAACGUCUAUCUCAGGUGCUCUGCCCUCGGCUCUCGCUGCACUCCCUGCACUCUCCUACCUAGACAUGUCUGCUACUUCGAUUUUUGGCAGCCUACCAUCCACUCUCGGCCGCCUCUCUCUCCUCACAUACCUCAACAUUGGUGCACAGAACAUCACUGGGCGAGUGGAGGACCUCUCAUGGCUCUCAAGCCUCACCAAGCUGCGCACUCUUGUAUUGGAUAACCUUGCAUCAAUGGCUGGGGAUCUGCGAUCUCUCAGCUUCCUUACUACCAUCAAAGCCAUGCAAAGUCUGUAAGCGUUCAAGUGGGGGUAUUGUAGGUUGCCUUGUGUUGCACAAACUCUGCAUGCCUCUCAAACUUCCUCUUCCAUUUUAAGCUACAUGUCCCGGGCCCACUCCCCAUGCCCAAUCCUGCAUAUCGUCGUGUGUUCCUAUUUGAUACUCACUUUACAGUGGUAGCUUUGCAUGUGCAACGGGUUGGCCCGGCUCGCCCUAAGAACGGACCAGCCCCGGGCCAGGCUGGGCCAACUUAGGCAAAUGCCUGGCCCGUGCCCGUGUUUAGGGGUCGGGCCGGGGUUGGCCUGGCUGCCCCCAAAACUGGGCUGGGGCCGAGGCGGGGCGGGGCCGGCCAGCCUAAACAUGGCCCGUGUUGAGGGGACGGGUGCUCGUGCCUCCACGGGCCAUUGCUCAUGCCUGGUGGUAGCGCAGUUGAGUGUCAUCGUUUGGCUGGAGUUUUUUUGCCUCUCACUGUGCCAAACUACUUCAUGAUGAAAUUGAGAGAAGGUACCAAAAUUUCCCUGGAGGCUCAUCACUCUUUCUCAUUUCUUGAGCAGCUUCUGGUCCUCCCCUGUGUCAGUGCUGCCAGUGCCUUCCCAACUCCCCAACACCUUGUGCCAUUCCAAUCAUUGUGUGCCUUCUCCUGUGGUGCAACUUUGAAGCACCAUAUCCUCUGUUGAUUGGACCGGGGAGCUACCAGUGGCGUUUGGCACCCUCACCUCCCUCACUUACUUGGACUUGCGAUACCUGUUAUCUAGCCAAUUCCCUCGAUGGGUGAUGGACUUGACAUCUUUACGUUACCUCGAUGUGGCUCAUCUCGCUGACUACCGCAGUGGAGUGGUGCCGCAGGACCUCUCCCGCCUCACUCAGUUGCAGCACUUUGACGCCACGGGCAAUGGGUUGGUCGGCGUGCUGCCUGAAUACUGGUCCUCUCUGAACCACCUCACCUUCCUGUCAUUUUCAAGAAACAAGAUCGAAGGCUCCAUUCCAUCAACAUUCUCUGCCCUCACCACAUUGUGCACACUGAAAUUGAAGGGCAACAGAAUGGACGGCACCAUCCCAUCCGUCUUCUCCACGGAACUCAGCAGCCUUGAUCUCCAAGGAAAUCGCUUUGUGGGCUCCAUGCCACCUUUUCUUGGCUCUCUUCCUGGACUCACAGCCCUGGAACUUGCUGGCAACAACUUCAGAGGGGCGAUUCCCAAGACUUUCGCAAAGCUCAUCAGCGUUUCCUGGCUGUCGCUUUCCACCAACCAGUUAACAUCGGGGCUUGAUGUGGUCAGCAAGAUGACUUGGCUUAUUUAUGUAGACUUUUCUUUCAACAACUUCUCUGAAAGAUUUCCUGAUCUGUCAACCUUACCUUCACUCUCGGGGCUAUCAAUCCGAGGAAACGACAUGAAAGGGACUUUCCCUAGUGUCUUGUUGAAGCUCACCAACCUUGUAACCUUGGAUUUGGGGCAGAAUGGAUUCUCUGGGUCCAUCCCUGAAGACAUAUCCAAGCUCUCGAGCUUAAACAUGCUAUAUCUGGACAGCAAUAACUUCGAUGAAGAAAUUCGUUCAGUGCUCUUCACCCUUCCAUAUAUUUCAUACCUAGACUUGGGACACAACCGUUUGAACGGACGCGUGCCAAGCAGUUUAUCAAGUACUUCCCUCGGCAGUCUAUCCCUUCAAGAAAAUAACCUAUCAGGGUCGCUGCCUGAUUUUUCUAAGUGGAACACUUCUUUAUUAUACCUAGGGCUAGGAAGCAACAAUUUGACUGGGUCCAUUCCAGGGUCAAUCAGCACACUGUCUUCUCUUAUGAACCUAUCGUUGCGCAAGAACCAGCUUUCAGGAACCAUCCCUACAGCUCUGGUCACGUUAAACAGCCUUGCUGUCCUAGACCUCGCCUCCAACAGCAUCUCAGGGCCCUUGCCCUCUGCCUUUGGCGCGCUCUCCAACCUUAUCGGACUGUCUGUGUAUGACAACCAGCUCACGGGCAAGCUCCCUUCUUCCAUAUGCGAUCUCACCCGGCUAAUAAUCAUGUAUAUCCGCAACAACUACUUCUAUGGGGAAUUUCCUUCGUGUCUUUACGAGCAUUGCCUGCACAGGAUUGACAUCAGCAACAACAGCUUCUACGGGCCCAUCAACAGCAACUUCCACGGCAUGAUUCCCAACGAUGGCGCUCUGCUCAACAUCGCAGGCAACUACUUCUACGGUGACCCCAUGCUCUAUGCCGAUGGCUGCCAGUUCUGCCCCUCGGGAAGCAUCGAGCCCGAUGCCCUUGACAUUGUCGAGCUCGGGAUGGAUAGGAGGGGGCGUUGUGGCGAACGUCCUUUCCAAGCUCUCCCAGGGGCCAACAAGCGGGGCGUGGCAAGUCUGCGUUUUAACUGCUUCACGCUGAGCGCGCAGCUGGAGUGCACGGCGAACGAGACGCAGCGCAGCAACGACACGUGCCUGGCAUUCUGCAGCAUGUCACGGGAGCUGGGGCCGUGCGACGGGCACGGAGCGUGUGUGCCACAGCAGGCGGGGGCAGCAGGGGCGGGGUUCACGUGUGAGUGUGACGACGGAUACGUCACUGCCAAUGGCUCCCUCGGCUCCACCUGCGCCCGCCCUUCUCCGCCCCCCUCGGCAGCACUCUCCACAGGCGCAGUGGUGGGCAUCGCUGUGGGUUCUACUGCCGCCUUUGCUCUCCUCCUCGCUCUCAUUGUGGCGCUGCUCUGGCCCAGACAACGCAGGAAGUGGAGCGACCUGGACGUGUGCCACGAGUUCAGCAUGGGGGAAAUUCUGCGGGCAACACGCCACUGGUCGAGUGAUAGUGUGCUUGGGAAGGGCGGCUUUGCCACGGUGUACAAGGGGGUGUCGGAGAAAGGCGAGCUGUGGGCUGUGAAGCGCAAUGAGCUCAUGUCGAACGACUUCGAAAAGGAGGUGCGGGCGAUGGCGUCGCUGCGGCAUGAGAAUGUGGUGCGGCUGUUGGGCUUCUGCCUGCAUCAGAACGUGGAGAGCGGCCAGCAGGAGCAGAUCCUCGUGUACGAGUUCGUGGGCAACGGGGACCUCAAGCACCAAAUCCACCAGUCUAAAGGCCAAGAUAGCGGACUUUGGGUUGCUGAAGCAGCUGAGCCAAGCAGGGGAGGAGGAUGACCGCACUCGAAUAGCCGGGACUCCGGGCUACGUGGACCCGGAUUACAACCGCUCCCAUGUGGUGACGGAAAAGAGCGACGUGUACAGCUUUGGCGUGGUGCUGUUGGAGCUCUUGACUGGGCAGAAGACACAUGUUAAAGGAACCGACCGACAUAUUUGUGAAUGGGCAGCCAAGAAGGUGCAGGCGUACGAUUUUGGGUUGCUCAAGGACACGGCUCUGGAUGCCCCGGAGGAUGCAGUGGUGGAGUUUGCCGACAUCGCGCUCGACUGUGUCAAGGUGCCCGGCUCCCGCCGCCCCCUCAUGAAGGACGUCGCGCGCCGCCUGCAGGCGCUCCUCACCAAGUACUGCGAUGAUGAUGAUUAAUUCUUAAAUGUUGAACCGAGCGUGCUCACAGAGGAAAGCAUGGAGGACAGGUUGAGGGGUGGUGUCAGUGGUAGUGGGGAUACCUUCGGACAGAGCGAGCUGUCAGAGGAACGAAGUGGAGGGCCGGCUGCUGGGUUUCUGACUCAGGUUUUCUCCAAGAAGUGGCGCGUGUGAUGGUGAGCACAAAAUUAUUGGCAUGGUUUGAAAGAGCCGACUUUCCAGAGGCAGUUAUUAUCUCCGCUGUACGAAGAAGCUGUUACCGUAUGCAGCUUCUAUAGUGUAUCGCAAUUCUGCACCAAGACCAUUUGCUUCAGUUUUGGCUGCGGCAUUGUCUAGGAAAUCAGAUUGCUGUGGCCCCAAGAAUUACCUAGCAGACGCUUCAAGAUCUCUUGACUGGUUUCUCGGACCCUUUAGAUUCCCUCCCUCCCACGUAGUGCAACACUUGCAUUUCAAGAUAGGUGUCGACUUUUUUGCCGCCGCGAACCCUCGUACGGGAGACGGUAUUUCGUAUCAGUGCAACACGCUGAAGGCCGUUUUGAUAUUUCAGGGUUUGAUGCCCGACCUCGAUGUGGAGCAUGUCGAGGGCACGUCCAAGCCCGCUGCCAGCAUGCGGGAGUCACCCGUCGACGCAUCAACGAAGCGGAAGGCGUCCGCUCACUGGACGCAGCGUCCUCUGCCCUGGGCACCGCCACCGAAAAAGCCUGCCCCCGCGCCAACUCCACCCCCUCCAACUCCUAGCCCACCAGAGAACCCCUCGUCCCCCGCUGAUGCUGAGUACGCUAUAAUCAAGCGUCGUUUUGUCGGCAACUGGUCUCGCCGAUUUCCUUGGCCGCGAUUGACACAGAUGAAAAAUGGUCGUCCUUUAUUGAAGUGUGUUGUGUGCUUGCAGUUUGGCGAUGCGUUUAGCAACACCAACUAUGGGAAGAAGGGCGAGGGUGCAUCCACAUCCAUGUCGGCACGCGGGCGCACAAAAAUGCACUGAAAGCCAAGGAGGAGUGGGAGAGAGAGAAGGAGCAGCAGCGCACGCUUGGCAGGUGGCGCACGAGCGACUCUUCAACAAAGCAUCUCAUACGCUGCUUCCAUAUUGCCAUCUUCGUCUGUAAGGCUGACGCUCCCAUCGCCAUGUACGUCGCCCUAUGCUACUUCCUUGCGUUGGAAGGUUUGCCUGACCUGCCGCAGGGAGGGGCGUACGGGACGUACUACACUGACACUACAGAUACGGCUUCAAACAGGGAACUAAGGCCAUAUCGAACUACCUGAGAGACGAGCAGCUUCAGCACCUUCUCUCUUCCCCCUACAUCGGCAUUGCGAUUGAUGAGAGCACGGAUCGCGUCCAUGGCAAACACAUGAUUCUGUACGCCACCUUCUUCCGCGGCAGUCACGUCGUUACUGAGUUCGUCGCACUGCUGUCGGUGGAGAGGACCAAUGCCGCAUCGCUGACCGCCGUCCUGUUGCAAUUUCUCUCGCCGAUCGGCCUCGACCUGCAGAGGAUUGUUGGCAUGUCGACCGAUGGGGCUUCUGUGAUGACGGGCGCCACAUCCGGGGUCAUCACUAGGCUGGAAAGGCGCAUCCUACAUCUCGUCGCGACUCAUUGCAUCGCGCAUAGAGAUGCCUUGGCUGCUAAGGACGCUGCGGCUGCCGUUCCAGAACUCAACGUCAUCGACAUCCUCAUCCGUGCUUUCGCCGACCUCGUCGGGCGGUCGAACGUCCAGCAUAGCAACUUUAAUAACUUUCAGCUAGUCUACCGCAACACCAACCUCGAGGCGCAAGGCAUCUAUGCCAUUCGCUGGUUGUCUCCCGGGGAAGCAGUGGUGCGCUUCGUGGAGGUCCUCCCCGCUGAUGUGGUCCUGCUGCGAGGUCAUCCUGGCGGGCUGUAUGAGGUUGACAUGACGGUCGUUUCGUCUCUUGUGGACAACACCUGCAACCACAUUACCGACCGAUACAUCAAGUGCGGAGGGGGAGUGUACUUCGGCAACGGUGGCAGCGUCAGGCUCGGGGAGUUCCUCCAGGCGCAUGGGUCGCCCAACAACAGGCGGGUGCGCGUCCAAGGUGUAGACAACGAGGGCAACACGCAGUCGUUCGAGCUUCGACUAUAACAAAGCCGUCCAAGAGCUGCGGGUCUUCACUGCGACGAUGAUGUCGCAGUACAAGGACGACGGAUUCCACCAGGGGCUCGCCUUGACGCUGGACAACAACGAGUGGCAGAGAUCAUACCCCAACAUCCUCCGCUCCUGGCAGGCACUCGCUGUCCUUCCCCUCAGCACGGUCGAGUGCGAGCGGGGGUUCUCGAAGCAAAACCUCAUCAAGAGUUAGGAGCGUGGGUGCCUUGGAGAUGACACCCUGGGGGACCUGAUGUGGUGCUCCCUCCUGCAAUACAACAUCGAGUGGUUCGAUGUGGUUCCUGUCUUCCGCGGCGAGAAGCCACGCCGUCCCCUUCGAGAUCUGAACUCGGCCAACCCCACCUCUGUCGAAGAUGGAGGGGCCUCUACCAGUGAGCCCACUCCAUUGGUGGAGCCGAGAGGAUGACUGACUCUGUAGGCUUUGUGGUAUGCGCAUAGUAGAGAGAUGAGUAGAGUAGAGUAGGUGUGGUGCUGGUGGUGGUGGUGCAUAGCAGUAGCAAUGGCCUUUGUGGGCUGUAGGCUCUGUAGGGACAAGUCUCACAGGAUGGGCAUGUGCUGAUUCCUAACGAUUCAUGAAGUGCGAAGGCAAUUUUUAGUGAAAGGAAGACGGGUA